AGAUUGAUUAAUAAAAUAGACUAAAAAAUAACUUUGGGUUCAGCUUCAGUUGGGAACAAUAACUAAACCAAUCGAACCAUACACACACUGAUAGUGUUUAUAUUCUCGUCGCGUUGGAUAUACACUCUUCUAGUGCAAUAAUAAUAAGGGUACAGGGUAUAGUCUUUAGUGAGUCAUGCGGGGAGGGGUAGUCACCGCUCGGUGACCAUACCCUGGUGUUGAUCUAUUUCGGUGAGUAGGAGAGAAGUGACCAAAAUCGGUGUGUAGUCACCGAAUGUGAUUGAGAGAGAGUGAUUGAGAAAAUGGCGGGUCCCAACCCCUUUUAACCAAUCACAAUUUUUUUAUUUUUUAACCUACUCAAACACCCUAGGGUGAUUGACUAUACCCCCUGAUUGAGCGCAAAAUAGGAAGUGGAAUGGGGAGUUGAUAUGGCAUAAUAUUAUUGGGUAGGUUUUCACUCAAACACCCUAGGGUGAUUGACUAUACCCUCCACCCUAAGCCACAAUCAUGGAGAUUGCCACAUAAAUGUUUAGUUAAUGCUAACCUACUCAUCAUAUAUAAACCCAUGAAUGUUAAAGAUAUAAUUUACCUUUAGGGGGGACAGGGCGCCCCGUUGUCGGCUAUCCACCACCCUGGAUCACCGUGGAACACCGCCGCCGGUGGUUGUUUUCACGCGUGAAUCCGACAACGCGUGGCCACUAUCACGCGUGAAGAUGUGAGGGAAAUUGUUGGGUGUGGUGAGUGGAGGGCAUUUCCACUAAAAUCCAUCACUAGUGAUAGAAUAAUGUUUGAUGAUAUGACGGAACUUGAUUGAAUGUUGUGAGUGAUGAGUGUGUGGUGAGUCAUGGGGCGCCCCUAUCCAUUGUAGUUUAUGAAGCAUUCUUUACAUUUGAUUUAUAUUCAACAGCUUCAUACGCCAUUGAUGCAUACCAAAUCAAGUUGCAGGUUUUGAGCGAGACAUGUAUGAAGAAGAAUUCAAUAUCAGUUUGCUUUCCCGAAUUCCCAACAAUUUCUCUCUCUUUCUUCGUCAAUCACAUCACCGUCGGAAUCUUCAUUCUCUUAUUUUACUCCAAAUUCUAUACCACCGACGACGGCCUCCUUUAAUUCACUCUGCCCCUACAUCAUUUCACAAAUCCGUCAUCGUCUGUACGUAUCCUUGACAAUAUUCGAUAAUCUGUCACAAAUCAAGUACGUUAUUGCUAUCGUCAUCUCUGUACGUAUCCUUGAAACUCGAUACUCUUCCUUAUAAAAACAAACAGAUACUACUGAUCUUCGAAUCGGAAAAUAAUCGGUUAGCGAUGGGGAACUGUCAUACGGCGGAGGCUACGGCGGUGGUGGUGGUAGUGCAUCCAGGAUAUAAAGUGGAGACGAUUUACCGGUCGGUUACUGCUCGUGACGUCAUGAAUUCAAAUUCCGGUCACUACGUCGGGCAACUGGUUAAGUCACCGGUGAAGUAUGUGAAGCUUCUCCGGCCAAAUGAUACCUUGCUUGUUGGCCAAGUUUACCGACUUAUCAGCUACGAAGAUGUGUUGAAAGAGUUUGCUGCGAAGAAGUGUGUGAAGCUUGGGAAGUUGUUAAUGGAAAGAGGUGUGAUUGCUCCGGUGCCGGUACCAAAUAUCACUUCCGGCAAGAAUGUCAGCAGAAGAGAGAAUGGUGGCAGGAAAGUACAUGAAAGUCACGGUGGCGGACAAUGGAAACCAGCCUUAAAGACUAUUUCAGAGAUUGGAAAUUGAGUCAUCCGUCAAUAAAACUUUAAACACAUUUCUCUUUUUACCAAUUAGUUUCUUUACCUUUUUGCAAAAUUCAGCCACAAGUUUGAGCUUCGCGUAAAUUUAGCUCAAACUCGUUUAACAUUGCUUAAGCCUUAAGCUCGGCUAUUUAGCUUAACAGAGCUCGAGCUCGGUUUUCAUGAUGAUUUCAUGGCUGAGUGAAUUCAAACGUACAAACAGAAAGAAAAACCAAACCAAGCGAUUAACGAGUAAAACAAUUUACAA